AUGGAGGACCUGAUGGACAGAGUGACCAAAAUCAUUCCAAAGCUGGAUGCCGCAGUGCUCCGGUUAUCCACGCAUGAGGAGUCAGCUGCCGUCUUUCAGGAACCCAGAGACGAGGAUGAGGAUAAUCCAGAUCAAACGGAAGAAGUCAGGAAUCAGCAAUCUGAAUAUAAUCUGGAGUUUGGAGAAGUUCAAGAUGCUCAAGACCAGAAAAAUACCCUGGACUCUGGAUUCAACAGUUCAAACUGCAGCACGGAGAAAGAGACCAAAGAGAAAACCAACAUCAGGGGUCAAGAGAAGGAUUUCUACAAUCAGGCUACUUCACUGGAAGCAGAGGAGAAAGACAGAGAGAAUAAAACUAAGUGGAGAACAGAAGAGAAAUGGAUUACAACAUGGCUCACAGGCGAGACGGACGGCUCUGACAAAGCAACAAACGCGUGUUUUGUCAGAGCGCCUGCCGGAGCGCUGACGUGUGAGGCGGCCGACACCGUGAGCUGCCUGAUGGCGAGCGGCUCGGAGGAGCUCAUCAGCAGAGUGAUUCGUGUGAAAGUUCAGGACCGAGACGCCUUCCACUUCCCCGUAGCCGUGGCCGUGCCCUUCUGUGUGCGCCAUCGCGGCGGCCACAGAGAGGUUGCUGUGAAGAUCGUUGACGAGGAGAGGAGAGUAAGCUACAUCACCCCGGUGACGACGGAGGAAGUGCGUGGAGGCCAAAAGGGUCGUUUUGCUGAGGUGAAAGUGUACUCCUUGGGCAUAUUUGCUGUAGUUUCACGUCCAAAAAGAGAAAUGUACAACGUUCCCAGGAAGGGGUUGUCACUAAAAAUCCCCAUGGACCCUCGGAUCUGUCUGAACUACCUCCCAGGAUCCUUCACUGCUCCAGUAAUGGCCCAAACAACGGUCCAGCCGGUGGACGCCGUCCUUCUGGCUGCCGUCAAGUCCAGGAAUGAUGCCUAUGAGUCGGUGGUGUCAGCCAGCCCGCUGCUCCACCUCACCCACCCUAACUCGCAGCCACUUAGGAGACCCCUCACAAUUACACUUCCGUGUCCACCAAACCCUGAGAAAAAGGAGGAAGAAAGGAGGAAGGAAAGCAAAGCACACCAGGUUGGGGCUCCUAGUGAUCCCUUGAUUCCCUCAGGCAAAGUAAGAGUCCUUGGUGCUUAUGUGAGAUCUAACGAGACGUCCAAUGAGUUGCUGAUUGUUCUAGGCUCAAGAGACAAACAGUGGACUGUUCUUGAUAAAAUAGUCAUCAGGAACCAGAAGAACGGACUGGUCUCCUUUGAUCUGAUAGAAAACUUUGACAGACUCCUCGUAGUUCGUCUCCUGUCACCACUGCAGCCUUGUCACCUUACUGCGCUGGCCGAGGAGCUGGAGGCCUCGGCCUGCCGCCACUCGGUGACAGUUGUCCUCCAGCAUGGACGGGAUGACCCUCACAGCGUCUUCCUGGUUGCGUUGCCUAGCAGAGACCUCAGCUGGGAGCUGAACAGACUGCGGAGUGGUGGGGCCUUGGAGACCUCCUCUGAGAUCUCCCUGUGUGAAGGAGAUCAGCUUCUCCUGCGCUUCAGUGGAAACAUCACAUCCACAGCCUUCACACAGAGCAACACAAGUGAGGAGUCACACGAGCGGCUGACCUUUCACUGUCAGCGGAGGAAUGAGCUGUUAGUGCGCCUAACCGAAGUGGACCCGUUUGGGAAUUAUAGCUCACCUUGCUACAAGGGCACAGCCCUGUUUUAUAGAGUCACCAGAGCUGAGCUGGAGUGGAGAAGGGACAAAGCUGUUCUGAGGGAUGCAAAGCUCCUGGCAAACCCAAUUUGUAAACUGCCUCUGAGUUUACCAAAGAAAGUGAGAGUCAUUCAUCGGCCAAUUGCCGCCAGAGUGAAGAUAGCUGAGGAUGCAGAGCCUCUUUCGGACGCCCUUCUCCUCUGGCUGUCUGGGGAGCUGUCGCCGGAGGAGACGUCUCUGCUGGCGUCCUCCCUGCGUCUCAGUCGCAGUGCAGCCCAGCUGGUGAAGCUCCGCUCCAGGGACAGUCCAUCAGAACAGGCCUUUUACAUCCUGGCCAUGUGGAGACGAGCGCUGCCUGCUGUCACACGCCACCCGAAGGCCUCCCAACUCGCUCAGAGCCUGGGCAGAAUAGGCAGACCAGAGCUGGCCCGAGAGGUGCUGCUGCGAGGGGCAAAACUUUCUGAAGCAAGGAGUUUUAGAAAGUAAAAAAAAAAAAAAACCCAGCUUAAUUUAAGGAGCAUGAUGUAGUAAUCUGUUUAUUCCACAAGAGGACAGUAUUGCACAGAGAGACAAUAUUGUGGAAAGAGGAAAAAGGUUCCUUUUUGAUUUGGAGAGCAGCAUCUGUAGUAAAUGUAAUCUGGAUAUUUAAUUUUUAAUCAGCAAAAGAAAUGAUUGUAAGAUUUCAGCUAAUUGCCCCAUACAUCUCUUACUAUGACGUCUCAGGAACUUUUAGACAAGAUGGAGGACCUGAUCAGUCAAACAGUGUAGUGGAACAAUAUUGGAACAUUCCUUUAUGCAUUAUUCCUGCAGUUCUUUGGGGGGGGUUUUUACUUUAUG